AUGGAUAUACUAUCGCAAGACAACAACUCAAAAAGGGGUAAGAAUGUUGCGUUUAUUGCCGAAGAAUGUGACUCAGAAGAAGAGUGUGAAGAACUAGAUGAUGAAUCUGUGGCAAUGAUAACAAGAAAUUUCACCAAGAUUCUCAAACAAAUAAAUCGGAGAAACAGGGGAGGUACUAGCACUUGGACAAAUGUUGAAACCCACCAGAAGAUUUUGAGGAAAUAUAAUCCAACAUGUCAUUACUGCUACAAGAAAGGCCACACAAGACCGGAAUGUUAUAGGUUCUAUAGUGAUCAGAGAACUGACAAAUUUCAAAAGAAAUGGAUCACUCCAGUCAGUCGUCAAGUUUGGGGAAAAUGGUAUUUCGACAGUGGUUGUUCUAGGCAUAUGACCGACAGUAAAGAAUUUCUCAAGAAUGUGAUUCCAUAUACUGGACAAGUAACCUUUGGUGAUGGAAUUAAGGGUGACAUCAUGGGUAUUGGGAUCCUCAAUGUAGCUGGACUACCCUCACUAUCGAAGCACCACCACUAG